AUACGCAUCUUCCCCAUAUCAGUUAUUUCAAAGUUACUUUGUUCACUUUAGGUAGGGUUUAUGAGCAGGGUUUAAGAGCAGGGUUUAAGAGCAAGGUUUAAGAGCAAGGUUUAAGAGAUUAAGCGAGAAAGAGCUUCAAAAACCAUGGACUCUUCAUUUAAUUCACCUGAAUUGCAAAAUCUUCUUGAACAAGAGAAGCAGAGAGCCCUGGUUAAUGAGAUGGUAGCAAAAUUGACGAGUGCCUGCUGGGAUAAAUGUAUCACAGGUAGCCCCGGGAGCAAGUUCAGUUCCAGCGAAUCAUCCUGUCUUCAAAACUGCGCUGGACGAUAUCUUGACAUGAGCAUUUUGAUCAUGAAGCGCUUCCAAUCAAUGCCUUAGAUGAUCAUGAUCUUGAUGAGUUUAGCCACUUGCAAAGUUCAUCUUUGUGCUCAACUCGAUGCAUAAAUGCCCAUAAAUUUGACGAUGCAAGUAAGCUCGUUUAUGUUUUGCUUUAGUUUUUGGGAUAUCCUGAAACUUGUAUUACUGAUUUUCUCUUCUACUGUGUAAUACUCUUAUUGAUUUUGUUUUGCAGAUUUCUAUUGUUAAUAGUAAUAUACUAAUGUUAAACCCGUGUUAA